CUCGGUCUCUCCGUCCCUUCCAGCGAGCAGCUGAUGCAGCUGUACAGCGCCCGGCAGCGCCGGCGUCUCAACCGGGGGCUGCGCCGCAAGCAGCACUCCCUGCUGAAGCGCCUGCGUAAGGCCAAGAAGGAGGCGCCGCCCAUGGAGAAGCCGGAGGUGGUGAAGACCCACCUGCGGGACAUGAUCAUCCUCCCCGAGAUGGUGGGCAGCAUGGUCGGCGUGUACAACGGCAAGACCUUCAACCAGGUGGAGAUCAAGCCCGAAAUGAUCGGUCACUACCUGGGGGAAUUCUCCAUCACGUACAAGCCGGUGAAGCACGGCCGGCCUGGCAUCGGUGCCACCCACUCCUCCAGGUUCAUUCCUCUGAAGUAACGGGGUGCUGCGGGGAGCCUUUUCCACGUGUAAAUAAAGAAAUUUCUCCCAUCUC